AUGAGCAUUGAUGUUGAGUACGAUCUCCGACCGUUUUACUCUUACAGUCAACAAACAGCCAGAGGUUUUUGUUCCCCGGAUGGUCAUGUCGCCUCCUACGAACACUUGGAAAAUUGGAGGAACACACUAUUGCAUUUUGGAGAUCGCUGUCAUUUCUCAGUGCAUUUUAUGCGAGCAUUCACGGAGGAACAUUCCGAGUAUCUCUCACUACUGGACCUUGAAGUAAAGAGAUCACUGGAAAUAUUGAAAGCAAAUAGCCUCUUCGAGGACACCGCCUUCGUUCUUUUAUCCGGCCGUGGAAAUCAAAUGAAGUAA